AUGCUCACUUUUUUUCGCCUAGACAAUCCAUCCAUCUAUGUUUUAAUUGGAUGCAAGAAGAAGCCAAAGAAGGGUAAGCCAUUGAAGAACACCCAAGACACCCAAGAACCACAAGGGUAUCAACAAGGUGCUCUGGCGUCACAACCGCAGCGCUGGUGCAUCCAGAGUGUUGGAUGUCGAAGAGGCGCAAGAGGCCAGAAGAGAAAUGGCGGAGAAGGGAAAAGAUAUCUGGUGUGA